AUGACAACGGAAUGGAAUCGCAUAACAGUAAUCAGUGUGUGUCUCGACAUUCUUAUAUCCAUCACUUGCAGCAAUGCGGUUGAAAGUGACAUCAAUUGCCUAAAAUCCGUUAAAGCAUCACUCAGAGAUCCCGAAAACCUGUUAUCAUCAUGGGAUUUCAAUGACAGCACCGAAGGAUUCAUUUGCAGAUUUGCAGGAAUCGAAUGUUGGCAUCCUGAUGAAAGCAAAGUCCUAAAUAUCUACCUUUCUGAGAUGGGGUUGAUUGGUGGGUUCCCGAUUGGACUCAAGAACUGUACCUCAAUGACCGGAUUAGAUCUUUCCAACAACCGCCUAAACGGGCCCCUCCCCACGAACAUGACAGAUAUCGUUCACUUUCUCACAACUCUCGAUUUAUCAUCAAACAAUUUAUCGGGAGAAAUCCCGGUCAGCAUUUCAAAUAUUUCGUUUCUUAAUGUUCUUAAACUCGAUAACAACCGGUUCACGGGUCGGAUCCCGUAUGAAUUGGGCGGGCUCAGUCGGAUUAAGGAAUUCAAUGUUUCAAAUAAUCUCUUGUCGGGCCCGGUCCCGAAUUUUGGUCCGAAUAUUAAAGCCGACAGCUAUGCCGGAAAUCUUGAUUUAUGCGGGCCCCCUUUGCCACGGUGUAAAGGAGAGCCGAGCAAAACGAGCACCGGUGUGAAAUGA